CAGUAUGGCCGAUGUUAUCGCAAGAUUGGCACGUGUGUGUUAUUUUUUUGUAUAUAUAAAAAACCAACAAUAGCACGUGAAGUGGGCAUAAGGCCAAGGCGGGGGCCUUGACGCUAGCACGCGUGUGUAUUGACGCCUGACCGGUGACGGUUGGCGGCGAGCCGGCGACCCAGUGAAAGCGCGGGGGCUCGUCCGUUGCAUCAGCUGAGAUGAAGGGAGGGCGCAUCGUACUCGCCUGCUGACACAAAUCAGUUAUGGCACACGCGAUGCGGCUAGUACCGGUCGCGUCCCACACCGCAGGCCACUCGCCUCGCGACGCUCUUAUUCGAAGUACGCGUUCAAAGGUUAUGUUUAUAGUCUUAUUUUACCGCACUUGAAUUCCGCGCGCCGACUCAUGUUUACCAAAAAUCCCAAUAAAUUAACAUGUUGAAAGUAAAAUUUACUCGGUACGUGACUCUGUAUCCUGUGUUAGGGCUCCUGAGCACUGUGUACACUCCGGCUUUCUCGAUUAUGCCCAUCUGCAACUCGUCUAUAUACUGCGUCGGCGAACUCUUGCAUAAGGUUCAACUCUCACGUGUAUAUUCAGAUUCAAAAACUUUCGUAGAUUUGAAACUCAUACAAACAGAAAAUGAAACACUUGCUGAUUUUUCAAAGUUGAUGCAUGAUACCAAUAAAAACCCGUCGCGUGAGCAACUCACCAACUUCGUGGACGCCCAUUUUUUGGAGGGAGAUGAAUUAUCUAAUUGGAUGCCACCUGAUUUUGAUCCUGAACCACCGAUACUUGAUCAGAUAAUAGAUCCGAAAUUAAAACAAUUUGCCAAAAAUGUUAUUGGAAUUUGGGCGAAAUUAGGACGAAAAGUUGACCCAGAUGUAGCCAAGAAUCCAGAUAGAUAUAGUUUUUUGUAUAUACCUAAUGGUUUCAUAGUUCCGGGUGGCAGAUUUAAAGAAAUUUAUUACUGGGACUCGUUUUGGAUGGUUCGCGGUCUCCUUAUAAGUAACAUGACGCAGACUGCAAAAGGUAUGAUUGAAAACUUGCUUUACUUAGUUGACAAACUAGGAUAUAUUCCCAAUGGCAGUAGGAAAUAUUACCUGGGUCGAAGUCAACCGCCGCUUCUUGCUGCAAUGGUGUCAAGUUACUUUGAAGCUACCGGUGACCUAUCGUGGCUUGCACAACAUUUGUCUACGGUGGAAAAAGAGCUUCAAUAUUGGUUGGACAAGAAGAAAGUUAUUGUCAAAUUUAAUGAUAAGAAAUAUGUGCUGCUCAGAUAUUUAGCUGAUGAAAACGGAAACGGUCCACGCCCAGAAUCCUAUUACGAAGACUACACGAACGCACUCGAACUGCCAGUCGAGCAGCGCGAAGAUUUCUAUUUAGAAAUGAAAAGUGCCGCGGAGAGCGGUUGGGAUUUUUCCACUAGAUGGUUCGUUACGGCCGGUGAUGUAGUCGGCCAUUUGACCGAUGUUCACGCAACCCGUAUAUUGCCUGUCGAUUUGAACGCUAUAUUCGCUGGAGCUCUUGAACUUGCUGGUGAUUUUCGAAGUCGUCUAAAAGAUAGACGCGAGGCAAAGAAAUGGUACAGUCUAGCUAAGUACUGGAGGAGUGCGAUAGAUCACGUGAUGUGGGACCCAGUGGACGGUGUCUGGUAUGAUUACGAUGCACAAGCUAAAGCGCCAAGAAGGCACUUUUAUCCGAGCUGUGCUACUCCAUUGUGGUCAGGUGCGGUGGAUAAGUCCGCAGCUCCUGCUUACGCCGAAAAAUUAGUGAAAUAUCUCCUCCAUUCGGGUGGGUUAGACUUUCCCGGAGGGAUACCAUCAUCGGUAUUGUAUUCCGGUGAGCAGUGGGAUUAUCCGAACGCCUGGCCUCCUAUGCAGAGUAUUUUAAUAGGUGGAUUAGAUAGAAGUGGUAAUAAAGAUGCCAGAGCCCUAGCUAAGGAGCAGGCUAAAAUAUGGAUUAGGGCGAAUUACAUAGGGUACAGUACUUGGCAAAAAAUGUUCGAAAAGUACAGCGCUGUACAGCCGGGGCAUCAGGGUAGCGGAGGGGAGUAUAAAGUCCAAGAUGGAUUCGGUUGGACUAACGGCGUUGCUCUAGAGUUCUUGCAGCGGUACGGUGAUGAGAUGUCUGUAGACGAACAAAUAACAUCACUGCCAUAUGUUAGACAAAUUCGUUAAGUACUAAAUCGUAUAGUAGUUAAAAAGUUACUAUUAAUUUAACUAAUAAAUAUUUGUUUUAAUCGUAUUAUUGACGCUUGUGAAUUGGUGUGAAAAAAAUAAUUUUUAAUUGUUUGGUUUUAAGUGACACCUAUGUGAUACUAAUGUAUAUUACAUCAUUAAAAUUUUAAAUGGAAUUGUUAAUUAAAUUAAGUGCUAAAGUGUCAAAAUAAAGAGUAUUUAUUUACCAAACAUAAUUGCUUACUUAAACUUUUAUUGAAUUACAUUUUAUGUGAACCACUAUUUAAUAUCUAUGCUACUUGCAGUGCCUGUUUAAGCCAGAGCGGGACCUGUAGCAACUUUUUUCAGGGGCCCUUGGUUUGCUUGAGAUUAAGUGUCUAAUUAAAAUAAAAAAAUAUUCUGACAAACACAUUUUUCUUGAUUUUUAACAUUUAAUUACAAAAGUAACCACCGAUACAACUGUUCAGACUCAAUUUGACUUACAUUCAAUGUAUCAACACACGCCUUCUUGUUAUUGAGGUUUAAUAACAAAAUAACGAUAUGUUAUGGUAUAAGGCUUUCCUUUAUGGUUUAAAUUGUAGGCAUUCUUCCAAUCACCUACAUAUCUUUUGCGAUGACCACGACGAAUAAUCGAAAUAAGUAACUUUGCAAAGAAACAGAAAAGUCAUCCUUUGCUUUCCGAAUAACACAACACAACUUAUCUGUGACUUGAACUUUAUUUGUCAGUUUAUGUUUUAUACUUAUAAAUAUGAGCUUAAGCAGAAGUCUGGCUUAUUUUAUUUCGUUUUU